AUGCCUGGAAAGAUGGCUUUUGCUAGCCAAAUCAACGCCAAGGACUUCAUGGACAAGCCGCUGGAUGCUUUGGUCGCAUCGGUUCGUAAGGCCGCUUCGAAGUCCAAGAACAACAACAAAGUUUUGAAAACGAAGCCAGCUGGCUUCAACCAAAAGGCCAGCCAUAAAAAGCCAGCCGGCUUCAACAACAAAACCAGCCUUAAAAAACCCGCCUUCAACAACAAGACCAACCUUUACAACCCAGAGAAGCGUCAAAGAUUCAAUGGUCAACAAUGCAGAAGACCGGUCCGAAAUGUGCUCCAAGAGAUCGUUGGGAACAACAGACGUGGCCAAGUUGAAGAAGUUGUCAGAGUAGUCCGGCAACCAAGAAGAAUGCAACGACAACGCCCCCAACUCAUCACAAUUAUCAAGCACGUGCCGGCUACCCCUAAAGUAACUAAAAGAACGCACAAGCCAAACAAGAUCGCCAAGAAGGGACCAGUGUUCAAGCACAAAAAGGCCCCCAAGCAAAAGAUGACCAGAGAACAGCUCGAUGCUGAACUGGAUGCCUAUAUGAGCAGCUCCAAGAAGACCCAACAAUAA